CCGGGGUCCCCCCGCCGGGCGCCCCGGCUGUGAGGGGCGCGCGCCUCCCCCCGGGGCCAUGGCCCGCCUGGGCCCCCGCCUGGCGCUGGCCCUGCGUCUGCUGGGCGCGUGCGCGGCCAUCGGCUCCCUGGACCUGGAGCGGCCGGGCGACGGCAAGUGCCAGCCCAUCGAGAUCCCCAUGUGCCAGGACAUCGGCUACAACAUGACCCGCAUGCCCAACCUGAUGGCGCACGAGAACCAGCGCGAGGCGGCCAUCCAGCUGCACGAGUUCGCGCCGCUGGUGGAGUACGGCUGCCACGGGCACCUCCGCUUCUUCCUGUGCUCGCUCUACGCGCCCAUGUGCACCGAGCAGGUCUCCGCCCCCAUCCCCGCCUGCCGUGUCAUGUGCGAGCAGGCCCGGCUCAAGUGCUCGCCCAUCAUGGAGCAGUUCAACUUCAAGUGGCCCGACUCUCUGGACUGCCGCAAGCUGCCCAACAAAAACGACCCCAACUACUUGUGCAUGGAGGCGCCCAGCAACGGCUCGGACGAGCCCAGCCGCGGCCCCGGCGGCCUCUUCCCGCCGCUCCUCCGGCCGCAGCGGCCCCAUGAGCCGCCGCCCCCGGACGCGCGCCCCGGGCGCGCGGGCUGCGCCAACCCGGGCAAGUUCCACCACGUGGAGAAGAGCGGGUCGUGCGCGCCGCUGUGCGCGCGCGGCGUGGACGUGUACUGGAGCCGCCGCGACAAACGCUUCGCCGUGGUCUGGCUGGCCGUCUGGGCCGUCUUGUGCUUCUUCUCCAGCGCCUUCACGGUGCUCACCUUCCUCAUCGACCCCGUGCGCUUCCGCUACCCCGAGCGCCCCAUCAUCUUCCUGUCCAUGUGCUGCUGCGUCUACUCCGUGGGCUACAUCAUCCGGCUCUUCGCGGGCGCCGAGAGCAUCGCGUGCGACCGGGACAGCGGGCAGCUCUACGUCAUCCAGGAGGGCCUGGAGAGCACGGGCUGCACCCUGGUCUUCCUGCUGCUCUACUACUUCGGCAUGGCCAGCUCGCUCUGGUGGGUCAUCCUCACACUCACCUGGUUCCUGGCGGCCGGCAAGAAGUGGGGCCACGAGGCCAUCGAGGCCCACAGCAGCUACUUCCAUCUGGCGGCCUGGGCCAUCCCGGCGGUGAAGACCAUCCUGGUCCUGGUAAUGCGCCGCGUGGCGGGCGACGAGCUCACGGGGCUCUGCUACGUGGGCAGCAUGGACGUGAACGCGCUCACCGGCUUCGUGCUGGCCCCGCUGGCCUGCUACCUGGUGCUGGGCACCUCCUUCAUCCUCUCAGGCUUCGUGGCCCUCUUCCACAUCCGCCGGGUGAUGAAGACGGGUGGCGAGAACACGGACAAGCUGGAGAAGCUCAUGGUGCGCAUCGGGCUCUUCUCGGUGCUGCACACGGUGCCCGCCACCUGCGUCAUCGCCUGCUACUUCUAUGAGCGCCUCAACAUGGAGCACUGGAAGGCACAGGCCCAGCAGCGCCCCUGCCGGGCGGAUGGCCACUCCCGGGCCCCCGACUGCCUGCUGGCCGCGUCCAUCCCCGCCGUGGAGAUCUUCAUGGUGAAGGUGUUCAUGCUGCUGGCCGUGGGCAUCACCAGCGGCAUGUGGGUCUGGACCGCCAAGACCCUGCACUCCUGGAGGACCGUGUGCAGCCGUAGCCUCCGCAGGAAGAGCCGCCGGGCACCGCCCAGCGCCCUCGGCUGUGGGAUUUACAAAAAGGCCCAGCACGCCCCCAAAACUCACCUGGCCAAGUACGAGCUCCCAGUCCAGUCUCCCAGCCUGGUGUGAGCAGCCUCCAGG